AUGUGGCAGUCCGACACAAUCAAGCACAUGAGGCUAUUGACUUGGUAUCAAUGGCUUCUAUUCGCAACAAUCGCAUGGAUUGGCCAAUCAAUAUAUCGCCUCAAAUUCCACCCAUUACGCCGGUUCCCCGGUCCCAGAAUCGCAGCCUGCUCUUCGUUGUAUUUUCUAUACUGGAUAUACCACGGUACAUUUCCUCAACACUGCGAACGACUCUUCGACCACUAUAAAUCCGAUGUGCUCCGCGUAGCACCCAACCAACUCGUCUUUCGAACACCCCAAUCUCUCAAAGACAUCAUAGGACGCCAUGAUGUGUACCGAGGCGAUUUCGCCCUUCGAGUCAUUGGCUUCACGUCACAGAAUGUCAGCAACAUCAGAGAUCCCGCUGCCCACAAGAGGAAACGAAAGCUCAUGAACCCCGGCUUCUCCAACGUGACGCUCGCCAAGCAAGAACCUGCGCUUGUCGUACCACUGGUGAACAAGCUGGUGGACGCGGUUGCAGCCAAGGCAGGGACCAAGAUCAACAUGUCGAAUUACUUUGAUUGCGUGACUUCAGACAUCAUUGGGCUCUUGUCGUUUGGCGCCGACUUUGGAAUGAUGCAAGAUCCAGUGUCGCACCCGUUUCUUCACGUCCUGCCCAAUGCACUCCGCAUGUCUGUCAUUGCGCAGUGCAUCCCCGAGAUAUUCCGGCUGCUGUCGUUUUUAUUUCGACACGGGCCCCCAUUCAUUGUACCAAAGACAUUUACAGGGGUGGCCGAUUUUGCCGCUCGGCACAUGCGCCAGCGCGCUCAACGCGACCGUGAUGGAGUCGCCACGGAUCGAAACGACAUCAUGAGUAUCAUUGUCGACGGGACGGCCAAUGUCAAGGAUGACAAUCUGAGAAUGGACAAUAACGAAAUGCUCGGAGAAGCCACUACCCUCGUUACGGGCGGCGGAGAUACAGUGGCAACCGCCUUGACAGUCACCAUGUGGAAUCUGGGGCGAAACACGAAAGUGUUGGCAGAGCUACAAGAUCAAGUCCGAUCGACGUUUGCUUCCUGCGAGGACAUUACUUCGAGGGACGUUGCGAGCAAAAUCCCCAUGAUCGACGCGGUGUUGAAUGAAUCCAUGAGAACCAACCCGGUUCUGCCUGGCCCCAUGUGGCGUCGGACUGAUGCUCCGAUUGUCGUCGCUGGCCAUGUAGUUCCUGGAGGCACAGAAGUUGGCGUCAUGCGACUGUCUGUCUUUCAGCACAAAGAUGCCUUCCAUAAACCCAAGGAAUGGAUUCCCGAGAGGUGGUUGAGGAACUUGGGUGACCAUCUGGAUGCAUUCCAACCCUUUGGAGUUGGCCCUCGGACGUGCAUCGGCCGAUAUAUCGCCAUGGUGGAGAUGAGAUUAAUCCUCACAAAGCUGUUGUGGAAGUUUGAUUGGGAACUGCUUACGAAAGAUUACGACAACCCGGAAUAUGUCGUGCUGUAUAGAUCGCCGCUCUGGAUGAAACCGUCUUUGCGGAAGGACUCAAUGGCAGAGCGCCCCGCGCAGAUUCAUGAACCGUCCUAG